CCUCGGCCCCUCCCGGCCGUUAUCCGCGGCGCCCGCCAUCUUGAGCCAUGGCAGCUCCGCCGGCGCCCGCCCGCUCCCAAGAUGGCCGCUCGCCCUUCACCGAGCACUUCCGCCCCCGUUGAGGCCCCGGCGCGGCGGCGGCGAGCGCGGAGGCCUCCGGCGCGGCCCUGCCCUGCGCUCCGCGGCGCGGCCGGCGCCGCCGCUCCCCUUCCCCCCGCUCAGGAGGCCUCGCGGCGCGGGGCGGCCGGCGCAUCAUGGCGCUGCUCCGGCUUCUGCCGCUCCGAGGCCGCUGCUGCUGCUGGCGGCGGCCCGGCGCGGCCUGGGCCUGGGCCCGAGCCCGCCCGCGGCCCGGCGGCGGCGGCGGCGGCCCCGACGGCGCGGGAGGCCUCCUGCAGAGCCUUCUGUCACAAACGCUUUCCCCCACAUUUCAAGGUCUCAGUGGAGUCCUAGUGAAACAACACAUAAUUCGAGAUCCAGUCAGGCUUUGGAAACUCUUAGGUGGCACUUACUAUUUUACUGCUUCAGGAUCUCAGGGGAGUAACCAUAAGAAUGGAGGAUUCAAAAAGAAAACUCCAAAGGAGGAUGAGGAGGAUGAAAAACGCAGGAAACGGGAAAAUCAGAUGCAUCUUGACCGCUUGCGGGCACUCCUCAUUUUAACUUUCAUACUGCUGAUGUUUCGAUUCACGGUCAGUGAGAACAGAGAAGGGACCAACAUUUCCUGGAAUUACUUUGUGAAUGAGAUGCUGGCAAAGGGGGAGGUCCAGAGAAUUGAAGUGGUUCCAGAGAGUGAUAUUGUGGAAGUUUAUCUACACCCAGGAGGAACUCCGCACGGACAAGUUAACGUUACCCUGCUGUACACGAUGCGGGUGGCAAACAUUGACAAGUUUGAAGAGAAGCUGAGAGCUGCGGAGGAUGAGCUGAAUAUUGAUGAGAAAGAGAGACUCCCCGUUUCCUACAAACACCCUGGCUUUUAUGGAAAUGACGUGAUUUCCCUGAUAGUGACACUUGUGGCUGUGUCUAUGUUGUGGAGCAUCUUUCGCCUUAUCAGGGUGGCAAGCCGGGUAGGAGGAUUCAAUGCCUUUAACCAGCUGAAAAUGGCUCGUUUCACUGUUGUGGAUGGGAAGUCUGGAAAAGGGAUUGGUUUCAAGGACGUAGCAGGAAUGCACGAGGCCAAAAUGGAAGUCAAAGAAUUUGUGGAUUAUUUAAAGAGUCCGGAUCGCUACCUUCAGCUUGGGGCUAAAGUUCCCAAAGGUGCCUUGUUACUUGGACCACCAGGCUGCGGGAAGACCUUGCUGGCGAAGGCAGUGGCUACAGAAGCGCAAGUGCCAUUUUUGGCCAUGGCGGGCUCUGAGUUUGUGGAGGUGAUAGGAGGUCUUGGAGCUGCCCGCGUUCGGAGCCUCUUCAGAGAAGCCCAGGCUCGGGCCCCCUGCAUCGUGUACAUCGACGAAAUCGACGCCGUGGGCAAGAAGCGCUCAACCAAUAUAUCUGGUUUUGCCAAUGCUGAGGAGGAGCAGACCUUAAACCAGCUGCUGGUGGAAAUGGAUGGAAUGGGGACCACAGAUCACGUCAUAGUGCUGGCUUCUACCAACCGUGCCGAUGUCUUGGAUAAUGCUUUGAUGAGACCUGGGAGGCUUGACAGGCACAUCUUUAUUGAUCUUCCAACGCUGCAGGAGAGAAGAGAGAUCUUUGAGCAGCACCUGAAGGGUCUCAAGCUGAUCCAAGAUGGCAGCUUCUACUCACAGCACCUUGCUGAGCUGACUCCGGGCUUCAGUGGAGCUGACAUAGCAAAUAUAUGUAACGAAGCUGCUCUUCAUGCUGCCAGAGAGGGUCACAAAUCCAUCGAUACUUUCAACUUUGAGUAUGCUGUGGAAAGAGUCAUUGCAGGCACUGCCAAAAGAAGCAAGAUCCUGUCACCAGAAGAAAGAAAGGUGGUGGCAUUUCAUGAAUCGGGCCAUGCAUUGGUUGGCUGGUUGCUGGAGCACACUGAGGCUGUGAUGAAGGUUUCCAUAGCCCCUCGAACGAAUGCAGCUCUGGGAUUUGCUCAGAUCCUUCCAAGGGAGCAGUACCUCUUCACCAAGGAACAGCUGCUGGAGAGGAUGUGUAUGGCUCUCGGAGGGAGAGUGUCUGAGGCCAUCACCUUUAACAAAGUCACUACAGGAGCACAGGAUGACCUGAAGAAGGUGACCAAGAUAGCCUACUCCAUGGUGAAGCAGUAUGGGAUGGUGCCCAGCAUCGGGCAGCUCUCCUUCCCGGACUUGGAGAGUGUGGCUGGAAUCGGUCGGCGCCCUUUCAGCCAGGGACUUCAGCAAAUGAUGGAUCACGAAGCAAAGGUGCUGGUGGCUCAGGCUUACAGACGCACAGAGAAACUCUUAUUGGAAAACCGGGACAAGCUGCAAACACUGUCUAACGCCCUCCUGGAGAAAGAAGUGAUAAAUUACGAUGACAUUGAAGCUUUGAUUGGGCCUCCACCGUAUGGGCCAAAGAAAAUGAUAGCUCCCCAGAGCUGGCUUCAAGCGGAGAGAGACAAGCAAGACACAAGAGAUGAAGAGAUGCCCCAGCAGCCACCAAACCACGAAGAGGAGGAAGAACCACGUCUGAGACCAGUAUGAAGCCCACCCCUGAUGUGGAAUGGGAGGACUCUAAGGGCUUCUUCCAAACACAGACCCUUUCCCUUCUCAGCUUCGUAAUCAAAGAUACUGAGCAGGGAAUAUCUGUGCUGCUGUUACCCCAAAAUUAAGGGAUGGUGAUGUCAGCUCCUGUAACGAGCUGUUCCAUGUGGGAAGGAGAACUUAGGAUUUUGAAACUGAUUCUCUACAGGAUAGUGGUGAUUAGGAGCUGGGUAAGUCUAAUCUGCUGGAAAGACUUCUUGUGCAGAAGAGCAGCGUAGAUGUUCUUAGGCUGAAAGAUCCUGUGGAGUCCUCGUAAGCCACCUCUAGCUGUGCCCAUGUUGUGUAGCAGGAGCGCACUGCCGUUCCCUUCAGUGCCAGAAUGGUCAGUGUAGCGAAGUCCCUUUGUGAGACUUGGAGCCAGCUGAGGUGCUGUAGUUAUGUGACUCCACUGUAACCUUUGAUCUUCUCUGCUGCUGAACAUAAAAUAUAAACUGAAAAAAAAGAGACUUCACUAGAAUAAAUUGUCCCUACUGUG